AUGCGUCAAAACAACGUCCUAUCACUCCCCUCUACCUCACAGAAACAUAGAGAGAGUGUUAGAACCGCAUCCUACUACUCUCUCAUCCUUCUGCCCGGCAGGCACAUAGAGAAGAACGAGUUGGAAGGUAGCUUGCCAGGAAGCCUCUUCUCACUCACGAAUCUGCUGUGGAUGGAGGUGAGCAUGAACAAGCUCUCAGGGCCUGUUCCCUCCACAGUCAGCAAGCUCUCCAAGCUCUGGUCUCUACGCCUGCACAGCAACCAGCUUGCGGGAGUCAUCCCUGACACGAUACGCAGCUUAACUGCCUUAGUCUACCUGUCACUCGCAUACAACCAGCUGUAUGGCACCUUGCCCGCGUCUCUCUCGCAGCUCACGGAUUUGAAAGAAUGUGAUCUCUCACACAACUACCUCACAGGUCGCCUUACAAACACCACACAGUUCAGAAUGGAUCUUGCAAACAACUACCUAUCCGGUGCUAUCUCAGAGCCCACCUGCACGCAGCACAACAUCAUCGCCAAUUGCUUCACACUCGACAACGCAUGCAGCUCUGACCUGCUGCAGAGGCCAGCAGCAGAGUGUGCAGCGUUUUGCGGGAUCACCAACGCGACAUCUGCAUGUGAAGGCCAGGGGACUUGCUAUCCGGACGGGCCCAGCUUGGUGCCCACUUGCAUGCGCUGCGACCCGGGGUCUCUGCAGCUUCCAGGAAACACCUGCAUUGCUGAAGAGUGGGUGAAGACCCUCCCUGUCAGCAGCCCCAUCCUCCCGCCCUUCACCAUACUCACCAAGGGCACCAAGCGGGAAACAGCCGGGAAGUUCAUGGCAAAGCCAGUCACCCUCUUCGCAUACCCUUCCGGUCUGCCCCAAUCCCUGGGAUGCGGUGUGGAGCUAGCGUUCACUGUCAACUUCACCUUCUCCCUUGUUCCCGAGUCUGGCGCUGCCGGGUCCAACGGCUUUGCGUUUGUCAUUGCAGCAAAGGCCAAGGUGGGGAGGGGGGACGGCGUGGGGUAUGGCGGGGUGGGGCCGCGGAGCCUGGCGGUGGAGUUUGACACGUUGCAGAACGGCAACCACAGCGAUGUCAGCCGGCAGCACGUGGGGCUCAAUAUCAACGGCCUGGAUCGAUCCUUGGUCGCUGAGGUGUCCCCUUACAUGCUCACGGAUGGCAACGCAUAUACGGCAUGGGUGGACUAUGAGCCUGGUGAUCCCGGGGAUCCCGGCACCAUGCGGGUGUUUCUAGCUGAUUCCAGGAGGAAGCCAGAGGAGCCGCUGUUGCAGGAGGAGUUUUCCCUGUGUGUGGUGCUGCAGGGUGGUGUGCGGCAGAGCGCGUUCUUCUUUGGGUUUGUGGCGUCCACUACGGUGAAGCCGUUCCAGCUGCAUGGCAUUGUGCGCUCUGCCGUGCAAACAGGCGUGAUUCCACUCAAGUCAGCCCGCAUCAAAGAGCAAGCCCGUGGCCUCACACUCUCAUCGACCACAUACGCCCCCCCCAGAGCCAACCCCUUCCUGCGCUAUGUGAGCACAGACUACGAACUGGCCUCCAACAACCAAGACUCGUGGCGCAUCCGAGACUUCCACACGUGGGACUCCGUAGACUUCCUCGGAUGGUCCGUCAAGGACCAGGCCACCUGCAAUGCGUGCUGGGCAUACGCAGUGGUGGCGAGCAUAGAAGCAGCGUACGGCAUUGCAAGGCAUCAGAGCGCGCCACAGCUAUCACUGGAGGCGCUCUUUGCAGCCAUGGGGCUGGCUGGUGCAGACCAGUGCUCCUCUGGAGGCUCACCCACUGAGGCUUUUGAGAAGCUCGUUGCCCUUGAUGCCGGGAGUGGGCUCACUGGGGUCACUGAAUCGGCAACAAAGUACCCCAUCCAGGGAUUUGAGCGCACAUCAUUCAAGGGGUAUGUGGGGCUCAUGCUGGCAGUGCGGCGGCAGCCAGUGGUGGUUCACAUCGAAGCCUCUGCUGCCACAUUUGUCGGCUACGAUGGGACUUUCAAGUACCAGGAUCCUGACUGCUACACCGGCAAUCUGAACCACGUUGUACUCGUUGUUGGCUACUUCAUUAAUAGAAACGACGGCAGCCAAAAACGCAUUGCCCCGCCAUUUUGGAUCAUCCGGAACUCGUGGGGCGAGGAGUGGGGAGAUAAGGGCCACAUGCGCAUGGACAUUCAGGGAGGGGAUGGCGUGUGUGGCAUCAACGUGCUGCCUGGCAUCUACCCCAUUGUCAAGAUCCCAGGGGACCCAUGCAGCAGCAACAGCUACAGGGGCGACCAGGAUCUCUCCGGCAUGAACCCGUGCGGUCGGUUCAGGUGCAAUGCGGUUGACAACAGCAGCUAUACCUGCAGCUGCACCAUAGAAGGAGCUGCCCGGCAGCCGUUUGUUGAGGCUGACAAUGGGAAUGGCGCCAGAACGUGUGCUUAUGUGGACGUGUGUGGGUCGUACUUCAAGAACCCCUGCUACGUGGGCACAUGCAUCAACGAUGGCAGAGGCUCCUACUCCUGCAUCUGCCCUCCCAACUACGUUGAAAGCACAACUGUCUAUGAUACCCCCACCUGCGACCCAGUUAACACCACAGCCACCGCCAUGACAGUCAGUGGAGACAACUGGUGGUGCUCAGAUGUGUAUCCUCUUGUCGGCCUCUCACUGGCUGAUUUCACACUCCAAAAUGCGGCAGUAGACUGCAGCGAGCCAUUGCCCAAGGGCACCGUUCUCCAACUGACUGGCUCUUCCGCCCCACCCUGCUCUGCCUUCUUCUACACUCUCCAUGGCGACCUCUGUUCAACUAUCAGUGAACAGACCAAGUUGAACGAACCUUCUCUUCCUGCGCUCAACCCCGGCCUUGACUGCUCCACGCCCAUCAAGGCGGGCCGUUCUGUGUGCAUUGAGCGCAACCCCGCUUUUGCCUUCACCGUCCCCGAGUGUGUGAAGCACGGCAUGCUCACACCGCAAGACACGUGCGACCGGCUGCUUCAGAGGACUGUGAACGAGCCGAACCUGAGCGCAGACCACUGGGCUGAGCUCUACCGCAACAAUCCCGGCCUCACUUGCUCCGACAGCAUCCCUGCCUCUGCCUCUGUUGUUGGCAGCAAGAUCGGUGUGCAGGUUUGUCUUAGGGCAGAUUAUUGGUCUUUCAGAUUGGGCCUCUGCAAGAAGGGGCGAGUCAAGGCGGUCCAACCAUCAAUGGCAU